UUUCAUGUCUCGGGUUUCAAAACGUCUGUAUUGAUUCAAAUGAAUUGGUAUAAAUGGAAUGUUUCUGCUUUUUAAAAUUUAUAACUUAAAUUGAGCAGAUAAUAAAGGACGCCGGAUUCCAGCGCGGCGGUAUUUUAAAAUAUUGGUUAUUCGGAAUCGCUGAAAUAGCACGAUAUCAUUAGUUGGAGAAAUACGAAUAGUGACAGUUUUGUAUCAGUACGUGGAUGUUAUACCGACAUCAGUGUAUAUUGGAAUACGUUAAGUGUGUAAUUCGGCAUACAAUAUACUUCGUGUAUUUAUCUUUACUAUUUCAAGUUAUUUCGUAGUGUAAUUUGUGAAUAGGUAGAAGGAACUUUGUUGUAAAUAAUCAAACUUUAUGUUAAGGAUAAACAUAUUUUGUAAACAAUGGCGUUGGAGUUAUAUUUUGUAAAAUGGAAUUGCCGUAGAAUAUUUAUUUCUUUUACACAAUUUAAAACAUUCCAUUUCUUAGUACAUGUUAUACUUUUAUUCAAUUUGCCAUUUGUUUUGAUGGAAACGGAUUAUGGGAAAAUUAAUUCCAAAAGUAUGACGUUAACAUCUGGUCAAAAUCAAACUUGGAAUAUUUCCAAUCUUUCACAAGACCAGCAAGAAUUAUUUAAUGAUGUAUUACAAAUCAUGGAAAAAUUGAAUAUGCUAAAAAUAAGGGGUAACCAUUCGGGAUGUUUUAAUCUUGAAACGGUAAAGCGAGAUGUCACAUACCAAAAGAACUCAAAUCCCCGAAUUGGAAUUCACUUUUAUUUUGAAGACGAAAGACCUACUUCUGACAGCUCAUCACAGAAUGCUCAGGAUAUGAAUAUCAAUUCAGACACAUUUCAUAAUACCAACAGAGACCUUAAGGCAGGGAAUUGUAAGUCAAGUCCGUUACUUACAGAUAACCUUGGUUUGGACGGGUUGUCAAGGAAACAGGACGAUAGCAGUCAGAAACACACAAAUUACAGCGCUUCAAACAGCAGCUUGACAGACUCUUCAGGGGCAAAACAAAUCGUUGAUGAGCAGGCAGGCCAAUAUGGCAGACAACGUGGUCUAAGUCGUACACAAGUAGUCGUCAUAGCAACAUGUUCCGCCGUAAUUGGAACAUUCUUCAUUAUAGCCGGUGCUAUGAGGAUACAUAGCUGCAUGAAGAGAUAUCGCGCCAACAGAGAGGCUGCUUUGGUCAUAGCCAGACGUUCGAGCACCUUUGGCUUUGGAUCAGGCAAUUUGAGAAGAGACAGUGCUUCAAGCAAAGCUAGCAGGCAGCAAAGCCACCCAACAUCCAAGAACGGGAGUGAUUUACAAAUAGAUAGAAAUGGUAGAUCACAACCACAAAUAUCCCACAAUUCACCACAGCACAGUAGCGACCACAAUCCACUACUUCCGGUACAUUUAGUGGGCCAGUUGUCUGACGGGAACAGUUCACACGGAUCGCUUGCCUUUAUAGAUGAGGAGUCACAUAGCAGAUCAAAGCAGAACGAUAAUACUUCCGGAUCUGAAUUCGGGUCGGAGGACGACCCUCUACUACGCAAGUCCCCAGAUUCCGGAAGUUCCAUCGAUAUCGGUUUGGAAACUGAUGACAAAGUCAAUGUCGAGGACGAGCAUAUGAACCUUAGUAACGACACAAUACAAAAUAUCGAAGGUACAUCAGAAGAAGAAAUCAUUACAACACCAGAAAGAAAGGAAGUCUUUGAACCCGGGGGUGACUCCGAUAUUGAUUUACAUAAUCGUAUAGAAAGUAGAGUAGGUGACAAUGAUAUCGCGGACGAAAAUCAGAUAACAGCAACAGUGAAUAAAACGAAUGAUGAGGAAAAUGCAUUAAUCAACCCAAGCCUAAAUAACACAAAAACAAUAGCGGAUCCUGAUGAUACUAACUCGAAAGAACCAACUUCAAAUGACUUAUCAAAUUCAGACAAUAACACCGAAAAUGUAAGAAAAAAUGAGGAAAAUGUCACUCCAAGUCGUGCAUGCAGCAUUCCUCGAAAGCAGUUUUCUGUAGACUACUUUGACGUAGAUGACUACGGAAUUGAAAUUCAGAAUCCUAUUUUUGAAGAAGCAGAAGAUGCAGAGUCACACGAACAUUUAUCGUCUAAUCACGUUGUUACAACUGGUCUCACACAAUCUGACAGCAGCCUGUCAGACAACCCUUCAUAUUCAUACGGUAAUCAGACAGAAUAUAGUUACCCAGGAUGCAACGCACAAACUGGAUAUUGUAACCCAUACAUGCACAACCCGGAUAACAACCUUCAUUGCUUAGACUCCAGUUUUAUCCACUCUCUCAGGAACUCAGAACUUCUUUCAUCAGAAUUCUUAAGGCGUGAAAAUGGAGAACUGCAGUAUGAAAGUUUUGAUGAAUCGUCUCUUAGUUGUAGUAGUAGACAAAAUAGCAUCAAAGACGAUGCAGAUAGGUCAAAAUAUGGCCGGAUGUACUCCACCGACAGUUACUUUACAAACCCAUUAAAUAAAACGUCCACGUUUGAGCGGUCAAAGACUGCAUCCCAAGACGAACACGAUUCAGGCACUAAAAGCACGGACAAUGCACCAAGCACGAGAAAACCGCACAUAAUUCCGUUACACGAGUAUCAUAGAAAUAGCUUAAAGGGAACAAUUGACGAAGAUGACGGCGUGUGAUAUACCUAAACUACUUCUUGUAAAGAUAUUCAUUUUACUGUGAUUAACAAUUUUGUUUUUAGAGUUAAAUGUAUAAAAAAGAUAAUACCGAAAUAUAUUUAACAGUAAUUAGAUUAUUAAAUAUAUAAUAAUCAUACGUUUCAAUAAAUGUGGUGGAAAUACAAAACAUAUUUAAUGUCAUAUUAAAACGUAUAUUUUGUUAUUUGUUACGGUUUGAAUAUUUUCUUUUUAUAUGUUGUUUACAAGUAUUGUAAUUUAUGAUUUUGUGACAUUCCCCCUUUGCUAUGACUGUUUAAGUAGAUAUUUAAUGAAAUAAAUCACCCAUUCCAAAACAGUUAUUUGUGAUCUCUUUCUUUGAAGCAGGAUAUUUUAAUUUAAAGAGUUUAUCAAAUAGUUAAUUUGAAUUAAUGAUAAUUUUACAUUUUAUUUUACAUCUUGGUCAAAUAAUGAAGGUUCGAAUUCAUAAAGCAAAAUAUUGACAAAAACAACUAUUUUAUUCAGUCUACAAAAAAUCCUUAUAUUUGGAAUACAAACUAUCAUGUAUUGAAUUUCAAGUCAUCCAUCUGACCUUUUUAUUCAGCUUUGGAUUUCUUUAAGCCCUCAAAAGCUUUUAGGGUAAACACAAAAACUUUCUAUUUUAGUUUCAAUUAUAGUUUUACAGGCAAUCCGUAAUCUAUCUUUUAAAAUGUGCAGACAGAUCGGAAUAAAAUGCCUUUAUUUGCCCUACUAUCUGAUAUCAUAUCCCGAGAUAUACUUUAUACAACACGAGAUCUUAUGCAAAUUUGACACCAAUUUCACCUUUUGAAUAUUCUUGAAACAUAUAUUUUUAACCACUGAAUAAUCAGCCAUACUAUUGGAAAUAUUUGCAUAUCACAAUGUAUUUUUUUCGAGUACUACAAUAAGAGGAACUUUUAAUGAGCA